AUCGCCCCUGCUGAUUAUAUGAGCCUCAAUACAGUGCUGGACCAGACGAGAGAGCCGAACUUUUUGAGGAGCACAUCAUGAAGUUGGCUUUGGAUUUGGUUCCAUCUCUGUCUUCUUUGGCAUUGCUGCUCAUCUUUUUGUCUCCAGUUUGCUGUCAGCAGCCUGUAAACUGUAGAUGGGGGCCUUAUGGAGAGUGGUCUGAGUGUGAUGGCUGUUCCCGUACAAAGGUGCGGACUCGCCAUAUGCAGGUGUACGCCCAGUUUGGGGGCGUACCUUGUACGGGAGAAGCUGCACAAACAGAACCAUGUGUCCCACAGAAAGGAUGUCCCUUGGGAACAGGCUGUGGAGACAGGUUCCGCUGCACCUCUGGUAAGUGUAUCAGCCGGUCUCUGGUGUGUAAUGGAGACCAGGACUGUGAGGACGGCCUGGAUGAGAGAGGAUGUGAUCAGGACAGCAGCCACUACUCAUGUGACCUGGACAAAACACCUCCCAACUCUGACUUCACAGGCAGAGGGUACGAUGUGCUAACAGGCAAACUGAGAGCAGGUGUGAUCAACACUCUAAGUUUUGGCGGGCAGUGCAGGAAGGUUUUCAGUGGUGACCAUAAAGUCUAUUACAGACUGCCACAGAACAUCCUCAGGUACAACUUUGAGGUGAAAGUAGACAAUGAAGAGAGCGAUGAAUCCUACGAGAGCUCCUGGUCUUACAUGCAGCACAUCCAGUCCAACGCCUUAUGGGGACACGACCGUCGCACUUUCCACAAAGAGCUCACCGACAAUAAGGCCCACAGACUUAUAAUCCUGAAGAAUAAAGUGGAGCUGGCCCAGUUCCAAAACUCUGCCCCCCAGUAUCUGACCUUGUCUGAAGGCUUCUGGAAGGCCCUGUCCUCGCUGCCUUUCACAUACGACUACUCAGCCUACCGCCGGCUGUUUCAGACAUAUGGCACACACUACCUCUCAGAGGGCUCGCUCGGAGGCGAAUACCAAGCCUUUUUGGAGUUAGACCGUCAGGCGCUCGCAUCGACCAGUACAACAAAUAUAGAGUACCAGAGGUGUUGGAGAAAGGUGAAGCGCCGUCUUUUCAGGAAGAAAGUCACGACCACCUGUGAAAAACUGACAAAAUCUUUAUCAUCCAGCUAUGGACACAACGUCAACAAGAUGCCCAUUAAGGUCAACGUGUUUGGAGGAGAUCCGGCCUUUAUAGGCGCUCUGUCUGUUCUGGAUCUGGAACACCCAGAAGCUAAUGGAGAGAUGUACGACAACUGGGCCUCAUCUGUGAAAGACUUCCCUGAAGUCACAGACCAGAAGCUACGUCCUCUGUAUGAGCUGGUGAAGGAAGUGCAGUGUGCAGGUUUGAAGAAGGUCCACCUGAAAAGAGCCACAGAGGAGUACCUGGCGGAGGAGCAUCCCUGUCACUGCCGGCCCUGCCAGAACAACGGCCAGCCACUGCUGACGGGCUCAGAGUGUCGCUGCGUCUGCCGGCCAGGGACCUCAGGACAAGCCUGCGAGAAGGGAGCUGUGAUUGGAGAACAACCAGGAGUGAUCCAUGGCAGCUGGAGCUGCUGGUCCUCAUGGGGAUCCUGCUCUGGAGGUCAAAGGUCAAGGACCCGAAGCUGCAACAACCCUGCCCCUAGCGGAGGUGGCCACCACUGCUCCGGACUGCAGGUGGAGCAGAAGCCAUGUGAGGAUGCAGACAUCCAGUACUUACAGAUGAUGGAGCCUCAGUGCUUCAGUCUUUCUGUGACUCCACCAAAGACAUGUGGGCCGCCUCCAAACCUCAGGAAUGGAUUUAUUCAGAAUCCCAGAGAUUUUUACCUGGUUGGAAACACGGUGGAGUAUUCCUGCAUAGGCAGUCAUUACCUCAGUGGAGACGCUUUGGCUGAAUGCACUGAAAACCAGAAGUGGAGGACAGAAGUGAUGGUUUGUAAAAGUUCCACGUGUGCGAUUCCUCAACUCAACAGUGAAGUUAAAGCCACGCCCACCAAAGCAGCCUAUGAGAUUGGAGACAGGGUGUCCCUGUCCUGUCCUGCAGGGUCAGUGCUGGAUGCUGAGGUGUCAGAGAUCUUGUGCAGUCCCAGUCUGCAGUGGUCUCCUUCUCCGGCCAGCACUCAUUGUAAAGCCGGGCCAACAGCUCCCUCUCCUCCAUCUAGCCUGAAGUGUAAGCCAUGGGAGACUUUAGGAAAAACUGAGUGUGUCUGUAAAAUGCCAUUUCAGUGCUCGAAUUCUCUGCAGUUGUGUGCUAGACUUGACUCAAGCAGAACCCGUUUACUUAGUGUUUGUCAGCUUGGAGCUCUGCGGUGUAUGGGGCGGAGCUUCACGUUGGCCAGUGACAGCGACUGUGAGUGGCCAGUGGAGACCUCCACGUCCUGCGAGGACUGCAAACCAGGGACAGUCUGUCAGGACUCGACAAGAAAAUGUGUAUGUCAGAACGUGACAGAAUGCCCUAAAGACUCCGCCCCCCUGUGCGUCAACUCUGGUGUUGGCAGCAUAGCGACCACAGUGACAGAGUGUGAGGUGGGAGCCAGACGGUGUGCUGGGGAGCAGGUCAAUGUGAUCAGUAUUGAGGCUUGUUCAGAAUAAAGAUGGCUCUUAGUUUUCUAACACUGUGUAGAAAGCACAAACUUGUUCUUUGUCAAUGAAUAAAUUGUAAAUAGGAUUUUUUGAACACUGAAUUAUGUAAAUAUGUUCUUCUGCCAUCCUGUAGUGUCUUUUUAUAUAUGUACUGGAGGACUGAUGAUUGAACACAUUUGCAUGUAAAUUAAAUGUAAGAUUUUGUUUCAAAGGUUUGACUAAAUCUUAAAUAAAUGCCUUUGUUAGAAAUAGUUUUUGUUAUAGGAAGUUAAUAAAAGUAAUUUCUCUUGGCUUUGUUAAAACAAUAGUUAUUUGAAUGGGUUUCUUACUACUUGGUUGCCUAUAGGAUUUAUGAAAAAGACAACUUUGCAAAUCACCAGUAAUAACUUUCAAUGUACCUUUCAUUGAUGGUGUGGAGCCAAAACUUCACAUUUUUUCUUUAUGCAUUUAUCCAAAGCAUUUACAAAAUGUAUCAGAAUACGUACUGUACAGACAUUUUUAAUUGAAAAUUGAAAUGGCCAUUAUGCAGAAUUUCAAUUUAUUUCAUUUCAUCUCCCAAAUCCUGAAGACAGAAGACAGAAACAUAAAAGGUACUAAAAGAUGUUGUCCUUCAGAUUUGGUGUUGGCAUUUAAUGUGCUAACAUCUUGUGUCUUGGCACUGUGACUGUAUUUAAGUCUUUAUCAGUUUCCAAAACCUCUUCAUCACACCUGAACCUGUGAUCUGCAUAUUAUUAACAGUCAUGUUGUGGUAUAGUAUUUCUUGUUUUAGACUGUCGAGCGCAAAGCAGAAUAAACUGUCCAGCAGUAGGACCAAUUUGAA